AUGACCUCGUCGAACGUUGAAGGCCGCGGGCAGUGGGAAGAUCCCCCACCCGAGACGCGAUGGAGCAUUCUCCGCAACAACCCUAAGCUUAUGGCUAUUGCCUUCUUCGCCUCAUUCGGUGGAUUCGAAUAUGGCUACCAGCAGGGUGUUCUGGGCCAGUCCCUCGUUAUGUACCGCUUCAAGGACAACUUCCCCACGGUGGUCGCCUCGUCCAGUGCCACGGGGUGGCUGACCUCCGUGCUGCAAUUGGGGGGCAUCGUGGGCUCUCUCUCGGCGGGAAUCCUGGGCGAGGUCUUCUCGCGCAAGUACACCAUGUUCUCGGCCUGCUGCUGGGUGGUCCUGGGCAGUUACCUCUACUGCGGUGCAACCUACCACAACCCAGCCCUGCUGUAUGCGGGCCGCUUCUUCACGGGGCUGGGCGUCGGGACCUUCAGUGGUGUUGGACCGCUCUACAAUGCCGAAUUAUCCUCUCCCCAACUCCGCGGCUUCAUGGUCUCCUUCUACCAGUUCGCCACCAUCCUCGGGAUCAUGCUCUCCUUCUGGUGCGGCUACGGCAGCAACAACAUUGGGGGCACGGGGGAGCACCAAUCCGACCUGGCCUGGCGCCUCCCCUCGAUCAUCCAGGGCAUCCCGGCGGCAUGCCUGGCCCUGGGCAUCUGGUGGCUGCCGUUCUCCCCGCGCUGGCUGGUGAAGCAGGGCCGCGACGAGGAAGCCCGCCGAACACUCGCCUACCUCCGCAAGCUUCCCGCCGAUCACCCCGCGGUGGAACACGAGUACAAAGAGAUCAAGGCCGAGUGUCUGUUCGAGCAGCGGGCGUUCGCGCGGACCUUCCCGCACCUCGCCGAGCGCGAGAAGCAAAGCGUCCUGGCGCGCGAGUUCGCGCAGUACUACAACAUCGUGCGCACCUGGGACAACUUCAAACGCGUGGCCAUGGCGUGGCUCGUCAUGUUCUUCCAACAAUGGUCCGGAAUCGACGCCAUCAUCUACUACGCGUCGAACGUCUUUCAGAGUCUGGGCCUGACGAGCGGCACCUCGGCGCUGCUGGCCACUGGCGUGACGGGGGGGGUGUUCUUUGUGUGCACCAUCCCCGCGAUGCUGGUCAUCGACCGCGUCGGCCGCAAGCCCAUGCUCCUGCUGGGGUCGACGGUCAUGUUCAUCGCGAUGAUCAUCGCCGGGGUGAUUGUGGCCAAGUUCCGGCACGACUGGCCGGGCCAUCCGGCCGCGGGCUGGACGGCGGUGGCAUUCAUCUGGGUGUAUGUGGGCGCGUUCGGGGCGACCUGGGGCCCGGCGUCGUGGACCCUGGUCUCCGAGAUCUUCCCUCUCUCCAUCCGUGCCAAGGGGGCGUCAUUCGGCGCGUCGAGUAACUGGCUCAACAAUUUUGCGGUCGCGUUCUUCGUCCCGCCCAUGCUCUCCGCCUGGGCCUGGGGCACGUAUAUCUUCUUCGCCGUCUUCCUGGCAGCCGGCAUUGUCUGGGUGUGGUUCUGCCUCCCCGAGACCAAGGGCGCAACGCUGGAGGAUAUGGAUCGGGUGUUCAACAGUCGCACGGGCGAGCAGGAUGCCAUUCUGCUGGCUCAGGCGCGGAGUGAUGUGGGUCUGGACCAGCUGGACCACGCCACGGCGGUCGAGAAGCUGGGGAGCAUGUAUAUCGAGGAGGAGAAAUCGUCGGUCCGUCAGGAGGAAAGGGCAUGAGUAUAGCCUGGUGAUGUUGGGGUCACGUGUAAUGCAG